ACAUGUAUGCCACAUCUGAACCACAUAUUGACUACUCCCACAGUUGGGGUAUGUUCUCAAUCUGUCUUCGGUUUUGCAGCUUGAUUUGUUCUUGACGAGGCUCCCGAUAAAGGCGUCAACCGCGCUACUCUCGCUGGAUGUCGCGUCCCCAGCAGUCAGCCGACACCACUGGAACUCCGCAGUAGCCAUGAGUGUUUUCCCACAAUCUCUGAGGCCGAACCGUCACCCAAUAUCACAUAUCAUUUGCAAGCACACGGGCCACCGCAGGACGGGGCGAGCAGGCUAUCACACCGAGAUGUGGCUUGCAUGGCUAGCAAUCUCCCUUUCUUUCACUAUCCUCGGCAAGGAGGAAAACACAAGAGACACCGGCCAAAUGAUGCCCACCCUUAGGACGGAGGGGCUUUCAAAAGGAGAUUGAUGAUGAUCCUUGCUCUUUCGGCCUUGGCCUGCUUCGGCCAUUGACCGCGUUCGCCAUUUGUGCGAUAAUACCAGACUACCAGUAGAGUGGCUCGAGACGUUACAAUGAUGGGAUUAAUGAUUCCUGUCAGGAGCCAUCCUAAUUUGGGUUCCACAGCCAGAGCUUGACAUACGUGAUUAGCAACGUAAUAAGUGAGGACCCGGGGAUGCAGGCCUGAUUGCGUUGGUCAUUGGGGUGGCUAUCAGGUUUGGACACAAGA